AUGGAAAAGGUUAACAUGGCGCAGGAGCGCGGCAACGAGGAUGCUGCCAAAGCACCCGAAGACCCGCCAAGCCAACAUAGAGAUGUGCGCCUGGAAGGUUAUUCCCAGUUCACAGUAGCCCAGAAGCGGGCUAUUGUAGCCAUGGGAUCUCUGGCUAGUUUUUUUUCGCCCUUGUCUUCGAGCAUCUAUCUACCCGCCUUGAAUACUAUCGCAAACUCCCUGCGUAUCUCAGUCUCUCAGGUGAACUUGACAGUCACUACUUACUUGAUUUUGUUAUCCAAGAUUAUGCAAGGAGUCGCACCCAUGCUGAUUGCAGGCUUCUCGGACACCGCAGGCCGCCGUCCUGCCUACAUCAUUUGCUUCACAAUUUACCUUGCAGCCAACCUCGGACUGGCUCUCCAAAACAGCUAUGCUGCCCUCCUUGUCCUCAGAUGUCUUCAGAGUGCAGGUAGUAGCGGGACUGUGGCCCUGGCAAACGGUUUGGUGGGAGACAUGAUCACGACCGCGGAACGAGGCUCAUACAUCGCCUUCGCUUCAGUCGGGAGUAUGUUAGGCCCCUCCUUGUCGCCAAUAAUUGGCGGCCUCCUCAGUCAGUACACUAAUUGGCAUUGGAUCUUUUGGUUUCUGCUGAUUUUCGGCGGCGUGUUUUUUUUCAUCCUCGGUCUAUUCCUGCCGGAGACCUGUCGCAAAGUCGUCGGAGAUGGGUCCAUCCCACCGCCCCGUUUGAAUAACUCUGUGGCAGAUGUUAUCCGGCAUCGCACGCGCAAACAGAAGGGUCUUAUGCCUGACCCGGACAAAGAAGCCGAGGUACGGAAGAACUACACUCUCCAAUUCCCGUCACCGGUCCCGACUAUGAAGGUCGUUCUUGAUAUCGAGACUUCGAUCGUCCUACUCACUACAGGACUGCUAUUUGCUAGUUUCUAUGCUGUCAUGACUGGUGCGUCGACCUCCUUCCAUAAAAUUUAUCACUUCAACGACCUUCAUGCUUCGUUGAUGUACCUCCCCAUCGGUGGAGGAGGGAUUCUGUCAGCCUUCACAACUGGCCGACUGGUUGACUGGAACUACCGUCGCCAUGCAAAAUAUGCCGGUCUCACCAUCGUCAAGAAUGUGCGUGCGGACAUCCGCAACUUCAACAUUGAGCGUGCGAGGCUGGAAGUCGCACUCCCACUUUAUUACAUUAGUAAUCUGUCAAUGCUGACCUAUGGCUGGGUUUUGGGUCACAAGGUCAACCUUGCUGCUCCUAUCAUUCUUUUGUUCAUUGCCGGAUGGUCAAUUAUCGGCACCUCACAGGUCCUGAAUGCCUUGAUGGUUGAUCUUUGGCCAGGGAAGUCGGCAGCCGCGACUGCAGCGAACAAUCUAUUCCGGUGUGAGCUCGGUGCCGCGGCGUCGGCGGCGAUCAGCCCUAUGAGCUCUGCCAUGGGCGAUGGUUGGGCAUACACUACCCUUGCUUUCAUCUCCAUUGCUGUUUCUCCUUGUUUGUGGAUAGUGGCGCGUAAUGGGAUGAAGUGGCGACAGAAAAGAAACCGAAAGGAGGAGGAGACAUCGUCUCGUGGGCAGGACUAA